UGGUGGAUAAUAUGGCGGAGUGUUUUGCUCGAGGGGGCUAGUCGUUUCAAGCGGCGCUGAGUUUGGGAUUUAGUCAGAAAUAUUUCAGAUGAAGGUGGUGAACCUGAGGCAGGCCAUUCUUCAGGCCUGGAAGGAGCGAUGGACAGACUAUCAAUGGGCCAUAAAUAUGAAAAAGCUUUUUCCAAAGGGUCCCACGUGGGAUCUCCUCGGACUCUCAGAUCAUCUCCUGGAACAGGCCUUGGUUGGCCCAUCCCCCAAUCCUCUGAUUAUGUCUUACUUGAAAUAUGCUAUUAGUUCACAGAUGGUGUCUUAUGCAAGUGUCAUGUCUGCUGUUGCGAAGUUUGAAGAUUACUCCAGGGAACUGUGUGUUAAAGCUCUUCUGGAAUUAAUGGACAUGUUUUGUGAUCGGCUCAGCUGCCAUGGGAAAGCAGAAGAAUGCAUCAGUCUGUGCCGAUCAUUACUUAGCACGCUCGCAUGGUUGCUGAGAUGUGCUGCUUAUUGUACUGAAAAGCUGAAGGAGGGAUCAGAUGGUACUUAUGGAGAAGAACAGCUCGAACUCUGCAUCAAUCAGAUUGAGAAGACUGUGAGCAAGAGGAAGAAUCGGGCUCUUCUUCAUAUUGCACGAUUGGAAGAACAAGUUACAUGGACUAAUUUGGAACAGGCACUCAUAAAGCUGACAGAAAACCACAACAAGAUAAGUAAUCAGCAGCUCAGACUGAGGCUAGAAGAGUGUAUUGGAUUGGUUAAGAGUAUUCCAGUUAUAACGGCUCAAUCUGAGCAGAACACCAAGAUGGAAUUCCCCACUGUUCAUACGCUAAUCAUGUUGGAAGGGACUCUGAAUCUCACAUCUGACACUCAGUCACUUGUGGAACAGCUGAUCAUGGUGAAAAGAAUGCAGCGAAUCCCCUCACCUCUCUUCUUACUGGAGAUCUGGAAGGCCUGUUUUGUUGGUCUUAUUGAAUCCCCAGAAGGAACCGAGGAGUUAAAGUGGACGGCAUUCACAUUCCUCAAGAUUCCACAAGCAUUAUUGAAGCUUAAGAAAUGCCCUCUUGGUGAUAAAGAUUUUGCUGAAGAUGUGAACACUGCCUUUGAAUUUUUGCUCAAACUCACUCCACUUCUGGAUAAAGCAGAUCAGCGAUGCAAUUGUGACUGUGUCAGUCUCCUGCUUCAGGAAUGUGGAAAAUUGGGUCUUCUUUCAGAGAGUAAUAUGAAAAACCUGGUCAACAAAAGAACAGCAGAUAGGGAAUUGGCUCCACGACUAAAAUCUGCUGAAAAUGCCAGUAUUCAACCUAAUCCAGGCCUUAUUCUACGUGCAGAACCCACAGUCACUAAUAUAUUAAAGACCAUGGAUGCAGACCAUUCCAAAUCUCCUGAGGGACUUCUGGGAGUGUUGGGCCACAUGCUUUCUGGGAAGAGCUUGGAUUUGCUAUUGGCAGCUGCUGCUGCUACUGGGAAACUGAAAUCAUUUGCUCGGAAAUUUGUCAAGUUAAAUGAAUUUGCCAAGCACAUCAGUGGAGAAGGAUCAAAAGCAGCUUCAGUUCGAGCACUGCUAUUCGAUAUUUCCUUCCUCAUGUUGUGCCAUGUUGCUCAAACUUAUGGAUCUGAUGUCAUUCUGUCUGAGCCCAGCACAUCAGGCGAGGUGGUAUUCUUUGAAACAUGGAUGCUGACCUGCAUGCCUGAGGAAGGGAAGAUCUUAAAUCCUGAGCAAGGAUUCCGUGCUGACCCCACGAAAGUGGAGUCACUUGUGGCUCAUCUCAAUUCCUCCACUGAAAUGAAGCUUGUCCAGGUGAAAUGGCACGAGGUAUGUUCCUGUACACCAGCAGCUAUCCUGGAAGUUCUUAAUGCCUGGGAGCAUGGACUUCUGACAUUUGAGGCAGUUCAGAAAAUUACCGAUAACAUCAAAGGGAAGAUUUGCAGCAUGGCAAUCUGUGCAGUGGCUUGGUUAGUGGCACACGUAAGAAUGCUGGGUCUGGAAGAACGUGAGAAACCACUACAGAUGAUCUGCCAGCUUGUAACCCCAUUGUAUGCAGAAAACACACUUCAGUUCUACAAUGAACGUGUGGUUAUUAUGAGCCUGAUUUUGGAGCAAAUGUGUGCUGAUGUCCUGCAACAAACUGCAACCUCCAUCAAAUUUCCUUCAGCAAACCUAGAUCCUAUCCCUUACCGGAAUCUAUUGCCAGUGAAGAAGCCAAUUAAAGAAGUGCUCAUUACCAACUUCAAUGACAUCCUGAAUAAAGGCUGGGUGGACAGCCGCUCCAUCCAUGUGUUUGAGGCGUUGCUGCAUAUGGGAGGAGUGUACUGGUUCUGUAAUAACCUCAUUAAGGAGCUGUUGAAGGAGACCAGGAGAGAGCACUGUUACAAAGCUGUUGAGCUGCUUCACAGUGUGUUUUGCUUGGAUAUGCAACAGAUCACCUUAGGCCUGCUGGGCCAUAUCCUGCCUGGACUCCUGACCAAUUCUUUGAAGUGGCAGAUGCUCAUGGACCCACCUGGACGAGCUCUUGCCAAGCUAUCUGUUUGGUGUGCCCUGAGUGCUCAUUCCUCACAUAACAAGAAUCAGGCCACAGCGAAACAGAGGAAAAGACACCGAGAAGAUAUUGAGGAUUACAUCAACCUCUUCCCUCUGGAUGAUAGCCAACCAUCAAAACUGUUACGACUGUUGAGCUCAAAUGAAGAGGAUCCAAAUAUUCUGUCCAGUCCUGGUGAUCGUAUAAUGAGCAGCUCACUGUCAGCCUCUCAGCUUCACAACAUCAACAUGAGAGACCCCUUGAACAGGGUAUUGGCGAACUUAUUCCUGUUGAUCUCUUCAAUUCUGAGCUCAAAGGUGGCUGGACCUCACACCCAAUUUGUUCAGUGGUUCAUGGAAGAAUGUGUGGAGUGUUUGGACCAGGGGAGUCGUGGUAGUGUUCUCCAGUUCAUGCCAUUUACCAUGGUUUCUGAGUUGGUGAAACUACCUGCCAUGUCUAAGCCAAAAACAGUCCUAGCAAUAACUGACCUGGGUCUCCCUCUAGGGCGCAGGGUAGCAGCAAAAGCCAUUGCUGCUCUCUGAAGAAAGCCAUUCAUGUCAACUACUUAAACUCGAGUAGCUACAACAUUCACACUUCUAAUCCAAGCAUUUGCACAUGAAGGAAGUAGUCCCGGGAGCAGGAGAAACUGCAGCAGAAAUCCAGUUUUGCAUCUUCUACUCAAUAGUUUUUGCUGCAGUUAUUCAUUCUAAAUUGUGGAAAUAAUUCUCCACUCCCCCUUCAGGGAGCUGUACUGACAAAUAUUGCAUGGUACGGGAUGAGGACUGCAGUAUUGCAGCCAGAUCUUCAAUCUGCACUCUUUCCAAUAAUUUCCUGUUGGGAACAUAUGUUUCUUCUGUUUACAUUAUUUGUGACAGUGCAUGUUAAUUCUCUGAAUCUCUUCGAAUUUUCUUUAUUUAAGGAAGAUAACGCAGUGUUGAAGGCAUAAAAUCACUAGAACUCUUCAGAACCCCACUGGUUAUUGUAGUGAGAAAGGUGUGGGCGAGUUCUGAUGAAUCCAACAGCCUUUUCUUACCAUUCCCUUUUUUUGGAUUCUUUAGUACAGUAUCACACGUCAGAGACAUGUCCUCAUUUCAAAAGAAGCUGCAUUUCAAAAUGGGAUGUAUGUGUGCAUGCUGUUGAAGCUUUCUGUCCUGCACUCAUCAGAAUCACAAGGGGAGAAACAAGUAACAGUGCACGACAAGAGGAUGAUUGUUUGCCAACCAGUCAAGAUCCUCUUCUUACGUAGUGUAAAUUGUUCCCUUGCGAUUUGGUAUUCUUCCGAUUCUGUCCUGCGAGUGCAAAACAAGAAGCUUUGAUAGUACGUCUCUCAAUUUUAUUAAGCAUUGUUCAACUUCUGUACUACCAAGUGACUGUGUCUAUGUAUGUGUAUAUACCUUUGGACAGUCAGCUGGAGCUCUAAAAAUUGCUAAAAUUUAUUAUGACAAAUCUCCUUUUAUAGGACUGUAACUUCACCAACAAUUUGAUCGAAAACAUGUUGAUUAUUCAGUGGUGUUAGGGAGAUUAUGAGAAUAAGGCCUCUGCUGUUUGUUGGUUUAUUUUCAUCAAUAUCAGCUUACAGUGACUUCAAACAUGAAUUACCAAAUUUCUGUUGGGUUUAAUUGGCUGUUGAAUGACCUUUUUCAUUGUAGCAUUUCUGCCAAAUCCAUAUCAAUCAGCUCUAGGACAAAGUGCACCAAUCUAGAAAGACCACCUUAAAGAAGGAAUUUGCAAUCCACUUCAAGCUCUGUGAAUACAAACAUUACUCAAAUGCAAUGCCAUUAAAAGGCUGCAGCACAGCAUUCAAUGCCAAUAUAAUCAAAAAAGCAUAUCACGAAGAAGAGAAUGUGUUUUAGCUGUCCAGUUUGAAAUUAUUCAACUCUAAUAGAUUGUUAAGAGUUUUCAUUGGAUUUAUACCUACCGUAUUUUGCUAUUAUUUCAUGGUAGUUGUCCGAUUUAAUUUUAUUUUGUCGUGUUCCACAUUAACUUUUUUAUAUCAAAUGUUUUUUUUUAAAGCACACUGUAUGACUAUGUUAGUUUAACCAUUUUAUAACAUGCCUUGCCUUUAUUAUGUGAAUUUUUAAAUAAUAUUUCAAGAAAAUCUGCAGUGGAAUAACCUGCCUCUAGAUCCCCCUGUUUAUCUGGUUGAUGCUGACUGAACUGUGUUCAUUGUAGUGCUCUUGGUGGAUAGCAACUCAGUUAUUCUACUGUGACUUUGACAUCACAGCUCAUUUCAGUUUACUGGAUAAGGAAAAAAAUUUGCAGCAGAUCCUACUUUAACCAGUGGAUUGUAUGCACAGCAACUGUGGACUAAAUUGAACACCAUAAUUGUGUUCCCCUUGAAUCAAUAACACCACACUCGACAUUCAAGCUGGGAACAAAACACUUGGACAAGUUGCCAGACAACUCUUUGUUGAUUUAUAAUUAUCACCUUUUGGGCAGAAGGGACAAUGAGAGCAACUUGGAGACUGGUGAUGAAGGUUAAAAAUAUAAAGUGUUGAUCAAUCCUUCUUUUCUAUGUGAUAUCAUUAUGCAUUUCAACAAGAAAAAGCACAGCAAAAGCAACUGUAUUUUUUUUCUUGCUGAUUUUGUGGCACACCAGUUGUAAGAUUGAGUUAUGCAUCAAUGACAUGGUGAUUAUAAUUAUUCCGAACCGUGUUUGGAAAUUAUUUUUUUCAUUUAAAACUGUCAGUUUGUAAUGAAAUGGUAAAGUACUUUGACUAUGUAGCUAUUUAGCUUGGUGAAAUA